AUGAAUUUUUUACAUUUUUUUCUAAUUUUAAAUUCAGCUUUAAAAUUAAAUUGUGAAAGAAAACUUCAUAAAAUUGAAAAUUGCACGUCAACCGAGGAACUUAGUCAUAUUGUGAGAUGUGAUUUGGUCAAUGGAAUGAUGUCAGUUGUUUAUGAUAUUAAAGCACCAAUCAGCAAGGCAAUGAUCGAAUACUGCUUUUUCAAGUUUGAAUCCUCAAAAUUUCGUCCACUCGGAAAAUGUCAACAUUUCGAUCGUUGUAAUUUAUUCAACCAUGGACCGACUUCCAAUCCAAUUCUAAGUGGAUUAUUCAAGAUCUUAAAGCACAUGGGAGCCUCAAUAGCUCAAGUCACAGCACCAUGUCCACUUUAUGGACGUCAAGAAUUUUUAAAUAUUUCUUUGUAUUCAAAUUUUUUGACAAUUUUGCCGAGAGGAAUGCUGCUCAUUAGAUACAAGAUGUAUAAUAAUGAUGGGAUUAUUAUUGGGAUGUCUAUUGUCAUUGCUAAUAGAUGA